AUGUCUUGCGCAAAUUGCUUCGGCCCGCAUGCAGCUUCUUCAAAAAAUUGCCCAAAAUACCAGCAGUCGAAAGACAUAUUAAAGAUCAAAACGGAAAAGAAAUGUUCAAUGCGUGAUGCUAUCAAGAUCUACAGAACACAAAAUCCACCUCAAGUGCAAAAUUUAUCCACAUUCGCCAACAGAAUUAAAGAAAACGAAAAUAGUACAGCAAUAUCAGCAAUUACCCCAAACUCAAUAACACUCAACAACAAUUCCACUACUAACUCUAGCACCGAAAAUGAAAACAUAAAAUCGUCCACAACAACAACUUCAACGAACUCUGAGAGAAUAACACCAUCCACAGAAAACAAAAAGCAGCAAAGCAAUAAACCUGAGCAAACAACAACAAAUCUCUCGUCAAUUUUGUCAUCGAUCGAGGAAAGAAUAAUGAAAAACAAAAACACAGAAAACAUAAGCACACUAGACGUUCCAAAUUGUACAAUGGAAAUUGAUACGCCCACUACAACAUCAAAUAUUGGAUUUGUAACACAUGGAAAUAUCAACAAUGAUUCAUACAGUUCAACUAACUUAAGUUUAUCUAAUUAUUAA